AUGCGCCCAGCUACUCCCACCAAAGAAGAUAGCCUCGCUCAUCGCGAAAAGCCUGACACUACAAAUGCUUCUGCUGCUGUGAGACCCGGUACUCCUCGAUCCGGCACUCCGAAAGCUGGUACCCCCCGAACUGGCACUUUCAGCACACCAAAGACUACUCCCGGUGCGAAGAAAGUCGUUACCGAAGACGCCCCAGCUGAAGGCCACCCUGCGGAACGCGGCGAGCCCCAACAGGACGGUGAUAAGGCGCAGCCCAACGGAGAUGCAAGCGGACGAGUCGAUCCCGGCUAUAAGGAAGACGUGGAGAUCGACUCCUUCAUCGAUCACCGCGUCGACGAGGCUAAUUCCACCGUCGACAUCCGGGUUCUGUGGGAAGGCGGAGAAACCACAUGGGAGACAGAAUGGAGUCUACAAGAACAGGUCCCUGCACUCGUCUUCCAGUACUGGGACAAGGUCGGCGGUCGCGAUGCUGCCACCAAACUAGAAGUCUACCAUGUCUUCAAGAUUCUCAGACGCGACACCAGUACCCGAGCCAAGAGGUAUGAAGUGCAAUGGGUCGGUUACAAGCGCGCAGAUUCGACCGUCGAGAAGGAGGAGUUCCUGCGCAGCAUCGCCCCGGCUGAGCUGGAGAAGUUCCAGGCCAAAGAGUUGGUCAGCGGCGCUUCCAACGAUAAGCGCAGAGGCGCUGCCCGUGGUCCUGGUCGACCUCGCAAGAAGGCCCGUGUUGAUGAGGAUUAG